AUGCUCCACGAGCCGGAAUUUGCUAGCGUUUGUGGAUCUUUCGCGGAGAUUACGACGGUACAUCUCAAACCAACGGCGCUAUCUGAUACCGCACGCUGCGAGCCAUUAAGAGCUCUUGUGGGGCGGGAGCUAGACGCAACGAGAUCCGUGCGAGAGAAGCAGCGAGUCCGACCUAAUGCCGAACAGUUGGCGGAUCUCUUCCAGGCCGCGUUUCAGCAACUCCUGGUGAAUCCUUCAACCCCGUUUGACUUGAUCUGGGCUACCAGAGCGAUCUAUACAGUGAGCCCCUAUAUAAAACCCAAUGUCGCUUACUACCUCGACGCUUGUGUUAAGGCAGGAGUGCGCGGGCCGCACAUCGCACCAACAAUUGCCUCUGCCGUGUUAAUGGACAAUUAUGUCCCUGGGAUGCUAAUGUUGGACCCAUGUAUGGUUUUUCGGACCUUGUAUCGAUCGGCGAUUGUAGAAGCCUACCACGAGCGCGCAGGCUAUUGGCCAAAUCGACCGUCUGAGGAUCAAGCUAGUGAAGUGGAGGCGCAUCUCAUUGACUUAUUUGACGCACUUGUGCAAACCGACCAGACGGCAGUCGAGCUCCGCAAAAGCCAACUCGCGUCCCAAAGCGGUUGGUUGUGCCGAAUACGGAGUAACACCAUCUGUCUGUACUGCGUAUUUCAAACCGCGCAGCAUGUCCUUGGCUGCGGACACACCCUAUGCGACCGCUGCGCGCACGUUUUCGGCACACCAACUGUUGGGCUGGAAUAUCAAUUUACGAUCAGGGGUUGUAUUUACUGUCUUUACCAAAGGCCUCUGGUCGCGAGCAUAUUACCACCAACAAUGAGCCCCUCCGUAUUGGCGAUUGACGGAGGGGGUGUCAGGGGUGUCAUUCCACUGGAGUUUCUCCUCCUUAUCCAGGAACAUUUACAUCCAUGUCGGAUCCAGGAUGUCGUGGACCUUGCGCUUGGCACGAGUUCGGGCGGCCUCAUCGCCAUUGGUCUGUUUAUCAUGUCGUGGAACAUUUCAACAUGCUCGGGGAUAUUUGAGGAGCUAGCGCGGCGAAUCUUUCGUUCAAGGCGCCGGUCGCCUUUUGCGCUGCUCAAUUUCACAUACCGGAGUGGCUCGAUGCUUGGAAAUGUGGGUCGAUGGCUUCACUGGUUACUUCAUGAUAGCUGUUAUGAUGCUCGAGUCUUUGACGAUGCCCUUAAAAGCGUGUUUGGCGAGAAUCGUCUCAUGUUUGGCCCCAGCCGGGACGAUCCGCGCGGAAGUCUCCAAUCAAACUCUAAAAUUGGGGUGGUGACUACUAGCAUAUCUAGGGAAACAGGGGCGUUUGUGAUUGGUAACUUCAAUACCGUUAGCGAACCGGAGGAUCAAGGGGAUACCCAAAUUCUUCGGCCAACUGAUAUUGCACACGAGCCGAACGUGUGGAAAGCCGCUAGAGCAACUGCUGCUGCCCCUUUCUUUUUUACCCCUGCUGAUCUACCAGGAAUCGGAUCCUUCCAGGACGGGGGAUUAAAACACAAUUUCGCGGGCGAGAUCGCCAGUCAAAUCUCCCAUCUGAUCUGGCCAGAGGCGAUAGGGUCCACUCGAUUACUUUCUCUAGGGACUGGCAUCACGCAGCCCGAUGUUAACCCGACCCCUCACUUCCGCCAUAUUUUCCGGGAUAGUUUCAUCCGCCGGGGAUUCGACGCAUGGAUGUCAACGUUGGGCACAGAAAGUGAUUGGAGGAGACUGAAGAGCCAACUCGAUGUCGCUGUUAGAUCCGAGUACCAUCGGUUGAACGUUGACCUGAGCGGAACACCCAGCACAAUUGACAGUGUGGAAACGAUGGAGGAUUAUCGAAACUUGGUCUUGAGUCAACCGGGAAGUUCUCGUAGAGCACGAGACGCUGCCACCACUCUACUAGUCUCAAGAUUCUACUUUGAACUGAAAGAACUACCCCAAAACACUGCGGCCCCUUUCUGGUGUCGCGGCUUUGUCCGCUGCAAGGGCUCCGCUAGGGAUCUUAUCGCGGCUCUUAACCGACUGUACCCCGAAGGGUUGACUUACGUUUCCGGUAAUAAUGUGGUGGAAGAUUUUAAUGGCGUGGAUGAGCUUUGUGGAUCGUGUGGCAGCUAUAUUCGCCCGUUAUCGUUUCUAGCCCACCACAUUGACCAUCCAGUGGAUCUUUUUUUACAAGCAUCGUCAACUAGACGUUGGAGGCUGAGCGGCUUCCCGGAAAGUCUAGCCGCCUUUGCUGCUAAGCAAGGGUUGACCUCUUCUUUUGGUCGUAGCAACCACGGACUUCCCAGUCGUAUCGCAUGUAGUAGCUGCGAUGUCGCGAGUGGUCCCUCACGAAGUACGACACAGCGGCGCAAGCGCGAAUUAUCAGCAUCGACAAGGGUGUCUAAAAAGGUCUGCUUUGCCUUGGAACGGAAUACUUAG